GACAAUGUUAUUCGAACGUGUCUCGGAAAAAAAAUAAUUUGGUGGUAACGUCGAGAGGGUUUUUCGAAAUUUAAAUUUUUCAUUUUUUUGGAACAAUUUGAAGGAAAAAACGCGAUUUUUUGCGAAAAACUUUAAUUGUAAUAUAAAAACUGUUUGCCUCCAUCGUUACUCGUAAAUUAUGUACAGAAAGAGUGUAAAAUUUCGAAACGUUCGGUGCAGUAGUUUGGAAGUUAUGAGGUGCACCGACUUUGAAAACACGAGUUUUGGGAAAAACGUUUUUAAAGUUUUAAAAUCUGAUCUAAAACUCCAACUGACAUAAAAUUUAAAAACUACAUUCUUGAGAUAUUAUGCAUCACAUAAAUUUUUAAACCCUACUCUCACCUUAAUGUUACCGCAUUGGUUAUUAUUCUAUAGAACCCACCGCUAAUUUAGUUUUGCAGAACGCAUCAGCUACGAUGGCCAAGUGCACUGGCAAACUUCCUAAUCCACUAAAUAUUGACUCUGUGGACAUAGUUAAUCAAACUUAUCCACCAUUUGCAAUAUGGGGCUUUCAGGAGGAACCAAAAACUGCUGAACUUAUAAAUAAUGGAUACACCAUUUUUAUUCGGCUAACAUAUGUCGAUGAUCAUCCAGCUAUAUCGGGAGGACCGCUAAAUGAGAAAUUUAUUUACGAACAAUUAUAUUUUCACUGGAUGGGCAAUGACACAUUUGAUAGUGAGGAUCGCACCAGUACUGCCUUUUUUCCAGCUGAGUUGCAUAUGGUUUUCAGAAAUGGCAAAUACCCAACACUCGCCAAAGCAGCGAAGGAAAGUAACGGUGUGGCAGUUUUAGCCUAUAAUUAUAUGGUGACGAAAUCGAGCAGCUUUCUUUAUGAUCCCUUGAUGGAGAUAAUAGAGAAUGUUGUCAGACCAGGUGCGGUCGCCAAGUUCCGCAGUCCAGUAAAGUUGUGGGGCUUUAUUACUUCUGAAAUCAAUCACUAUUAUACUUAUACCGGUUCAUUGACAACGCCACCAUGCAGUGAAGAUGUUAUAUGGAUUGAUUUCAAAUACCCAAUUUAUAUUUCUGAAAAACAGAUCGAGCUUUUUCGAAAAAUCUAUACGGUUGAUAAGACACCAAUGAUCUACAGUUAUCGUCCUUUGUUGCCGUUUAAUAAUAGCACCGUCUUUUCUGCGAUUUCAUUGAUGGACCCAGACGACGAGUACACAGAGUAUCACAGUGCCGUACCUUUUGUAGAUAGGUUGGUUGGUGGCGCAGCAAUGUGGAAGCCUGUUGAAAUCAACAUUUUGUUCGGAGUGUUUUCAUCAAUUUUCAUGACGACUUGGAUCGCAACUACUAGGCAGACCAUGGCUUAAGCAAAGAAAAAUGUUACGAGUACGAGCAUUUUAAUGCGUUUUUAUUCCUUACAGUGCAUAGCAAAAUAACGGUCAUUGCCGACCGAAUGCAAAGCUUAACAAAGUAUUUUUAUUAAUAACAAGGCAAAUAUUUUGUAAACAAUUCUUUGACACAAGUUUAUUAUUAGUCAUUAAAAUUCAAACUUACAUCAACAUA